CCUCACUUCAUUUACUUCACUCUCUCUCUCUCUCUCUCUCUCUCUCUCUCCAUCCAAAAGCCACUCCCUUUUAUCACAACUUUGCCUUCCUCACUUUCUUCACAAAUAGAAGAAACCCAGAAAAAAAAAUAGAAAAAGCCUAGAAAAAUAAAAAUGGCGGAAAUAAACCCAUCGGACGGCCAGCUAAACGGCGUCGUCGGACCCCUCGUGGUGGCUUCAUCUGAGACCGUUGGAUCGAAACGCCAGAGACGUCCCAGCGUUCGAUUAGGCGACAUCGGCGGCGACCAACCCUACGAUUCUCAUAUUCGAAGACCCUCCUCGUCUUCCGCCGCGGCGGCCGGCGUCAAGCAAUGGAAACACCAAUCCCAUCAUUCCUUAAAUCCCUCUGUCGCCGCUGCAAGUACUAAAUCGUCCAAAACUCGCGCUCUAACCAAUCUCAGCACUGACUUCAACACCAACAACGAAACCCUCGAUGACGAAAGGGAUGCUAACAACAAUAACAGCAAUUUAGAUAGCGUCGCUAUUGGUAGCUGGAGAGUCAAAGAUUUCAAGAAACGGGGCUCCGCCACGAAAAGGGUCCGAUCCAAUUGGGUUUCCAAAAUCGACGAUUCCGGCGGCGGAGGGGGCGGAAACAUCAGCAUCAACGGCAGCAAAAACAACACUAACAACAAUAAUGUGGAAACAGAGGACAAAUACAGUGCCGGAGAAGAUAACGAUGAUUUCGACAUGGAGAACUCCGAAAGCCCCAUGAAAGAGCAGAGUCCGAUUCAUUCGUUUGAUAAUCUGGGUGUCGAUGGCAGUGAAAGGGAAGUUCUUUAUCAUGGGAAUAGUCAAAGGAGACCAAUUCGGACUAGGGUUUCGGACGGGGUGGAGUUAUCGGGGCCGUCUGAUACCGACAUUAGGCAGUGUGGGGAAGAUGGGGUUAGGAUAUGGUUGAACAGUUUGGGGUUAGGAAGGUAUGCCCCGGUUUUCGAGAUCCAUGAAGUGGAUGAUGAGGUUUUGCCUUUGUUAACAUUGGAAGAUUUGAAGGAUAUGGGAAUAAAUGCGGUUGGUUCUAGAAGGAAAAUGUUUUGCGCGAUCCAGAAGCUUGGGAAAGGCUUUUCGUGAGGUUUUUCAUGAUGCUUAUAGGGUUUUUGAAAGGAGAAACUUAUCAGCUAUGGCAAUGUAAGAGUUUGAACCUUGUUAGCUUAUAUGUUACUUUUCCUUUAAUGUAGUGGUAGUAGGAGAAUGAGUAGGUUCCUUUGUUAGUGUUUUUUUUUUUCUUUUUAUGUUGCACUAUAUGAAUUUUAGUCUGGUGCAGAUUUUUUGCAGUGCAUUGUGCUUAUGGUGCUUUCGUUAAGGUAGUGCUUACUAUUGUUGAGAACUUUAAUGAAAAACAAUGAGGGAAUAUUAGCUUUUCUUUUGGUUAAAGGAAAGUGCUUAACCAAAUAAGGCAAUUUCAAGCAUAUUCUUAUGGUUUUCAUA